UUAAACUACAAUUAGCACGAGGAUACAAUAAUACAUGGCGAAAAAACUGCAAAAACAACCACGAGACCUUCAAGAUCUUUAGAAGUUUCUCUUUUAAGAACCACGUCUCUGGUCCGGAAAAGAAAUUUUAUUUCGAUGAAUGAUUCGAAGGCAGAUGUAACUGAUAAAAGUUCCACUGUGCCAAAGCAGAUUCCAGUGAACAGUAGAUCUUCAACAUUAUAUAUUUUGCAACUUUUUGUUGCUGUGACAAGCUGCUUUGUGUCGGCUGUUUGUAUUCAGAGAUAUUAUAACCAGACUGGUACCCUAGGUCUGUUAGAUUGGCUGACAUUUAUCGAUGGGAUCACUGGUUUAGGAUUAAAAACUGACUGUUUAAAAUCAUCACUCUUUAGUUGGCCAGGAAAGCAAUUUCUUCAGGUGAUAUCACUAAUAACAGCAUGGUGUUCUACUUACUACAUAUCAUGCCUUUUAACCUCCCUUAUCACUGAAAUUUGUGUGAUGUACUUCAUCUCGAAGAGCCAAUGGCAUUCUGAAACAUGCUCUAUUUGUUGUCUGUCCUGGGUUUGUCUUAUGUUGUUGUCUGCACAAAAGUCUGAACAAUGGUUGAUUUAUAGCAUGUUAUUGUCUGCAUUGACAUGUGUGGGGUCAAUUUAUCUCUUAUUGGUGUUAAUGUUUGGCAACAAAAUUUUUGGUCAAAGGAGAAAAAAGAAAAGAAAAGUAAGAGAAUCCAAAAUUGGAGUCGAAAAUUCAACAGAAUUACAGAUAACCAAUAAUCAAGAGCAACAGUGUGCCAAGAAACUGAAACUACCAGAGGAACUGGAUGAGUUGGAACUUGCAGAGGAAAAUUUAUCUCAUGAUGAAAAUAUCUGCAUGAGUUCAUUGUCACUUGGUCCAUGUGGUAUCAAAAAUGGAAUAACACAUAAUAACAAUGGUUCAUGGUUUCGUAAAGAACUGAAUGGUUCAUUCAAAGACGGUAGUGACAGUUCUGUUUCCUCAUCUGGAAGCACCACCUUAAUAAGGCCAGCUAGAUUCUAUGUUAAUGGACUGUCUGUUUGUGCAAAGACUACUACGAAUAAUCCAACAUCCGUCAGCAAAACUUCAGUUGGUACAUUCGGAGAAUUCUCUGACGAUGAAGGUAGUUUAUUUCACAGAAGCAAUUUAAAAACCGAAGAAAAGGGAAAUAUUCCUGAUUCAAGCGCGUCUGGGGAAAGGUUGGGUUGGAGAACGAUCUGUGAUCGUUGUCACAUACAACGUGUUGUGUUGGUCUGUAGUUUAACUUUAAAUAUAAUCUUUUUGUGGAUAUGGACUAAGUCCUGAUAACGCGGCACUCUCGUUUACCUAUACGCGAAAACAUAUUGCUGAUCUAAAAUAUAAACUGAAUACUAUUAAGACUUAACUAUUUUGUAUUUAUCAUUUAAUUCGACAGGUUAGCAUUAUGCUGUUCUAUGUUAGCAUUAUGCUGUUCUAAAUUAUUCUUAGAAGUUUUGUUUCAGAAUAUGUGCUGGUUUCAUUUUAUCUGCGUGUAUAAUAGAGCAAACAAAAUCUAUAAACUUGCAGAGGUCACAUUUUUAACCUGUUGAUUUUAGCGACGCAAUGUAUUCUUUUUAGCAUGCCUAACUUAGUAACUAUAUUUUUACUGCCAAGGGUCUCUUGCUAUACGGUAUUGAGUAUUAUUUGUGGUGUUAAAAUGAUUGACAUAUAAAGUACAAUGUAUGGAAACUAGAUAUACUCGUGACAAAGUAUCGUAAGGCGGGAUUUUAAUUUAGAAAAAACUGAAUUAAGAUAUUUGUGAUGUAAAAUACAAUUUUAUUCAAAGUAGCUGUUUGAUUCUCUAUUCUGCGUAAUUUCAAAUUCCUCUGUUACUUGAAUCAUGCCGGCACUCUGUAAAGAAAGAUUGUUA